AUGCUACGAGACCUUAACGACAAUGAAACAGGCAAUAUUGCAGACAUUGCAAACUCGACAAAGUCUGACAGCGACAGCCUCCCUUUCCUAUUAGAGUCAAAUAUUGUGCAUUGCUAAGAGCACGCAGCAUUCCAAACCGCGGAAACCCACACCAAAAAUCCCUAUUCCUGUCCUCCUCACUAUCAAUAAACCAGCCUAGCCAGCACUCAGCCCAUUAGCCCUGUGUUCCUGCAUAACCCUUCUCCGCAGCCCUAGCCCAGGCGCUCAGACCCCCUCGGCCCGUUUCUCGUGCUCCCAAGCCCCUGACGCCCGUCGCCGAUCGUCGCAACGCCACCUCCAGAUUCUCCUUUCACCGUCAACCACCACCGACCGCACUCCUCCCCCCCAAAUAAGCUAAUACACACAACCACCACCCACCAUGCCCUCCCAGCGCCGCAUCAAAGUCUUCGGCCUGAUGGUCCUCCUCACCGUCCUCAUCACCCUCUACAUGACCUCCUCGGCGCGCAGCACCCAGAACUCAGACUUCUACACCAAGACCUCCGACGCGCUCGUCGCGAAAGACCUGGCCGAGAAGGCGGCGGCGGAGAAAAUCGACGCUGACGACGUGGGCGCGCGGCUAAAGGCGGCCGAGGACGCGGCGAAGAAGGCGGCGGAUGUGAAGGGGCAGAAGCUGCUGAGCGAGGAGGACGAGGGGCGGGGGGAGAAGAGCGUGGCGGGGCGCGUGCUGAUGAAGGAGCAGGAGGAGGAGAAGGAGGAGAGCGAGCGGGUAGUCGACAUUCCGCAUACAGCGGAGGAGACGGCGAAGAAGGUAGUUAAGGCGAAGCAGGAGCCCGAGACGAAGGAGGAUCACGAGGUGGAGGUGGAGUUGAAUGCGAUUCUGAAGAAGAGCCCGAUCAUCAUUUUCUCCAAAUCGUUCUGCCCCUUCUCCCGAAAGGCGAAGACAAUCCUCCUCCAGCAAUACAAAAUCGUGCCACCGCCCUACGUCGUCGAACUCGAUAAACACCCACUCGGUCCCGCGCUACAAGCUGCCCUCGCCAAGAGCACUGGCAGACAUACCGUCCCCAAUGUCCUAAUCAACGGCCGGAGUAUCGGCGGCGGUGAUGACGUGGAGGCACUACACCAGAAAGGCAAAUUGGACAGCACAAUCAGGAGCAUGGGUGGCAGACGGAUAGUUGAGGUCACCAAGAUCGAGGUCAAGAGCAAGGAAGAGGUGAAGAGGUGAUGACUCGGCUCCUCGGGCCCGCUUUGGGGCCAUGGAAGUGGUGUAUUAUACCGCUACAUCGCUAGCAACUUUUGGAGAACUGCAUCAGAAAAGGAAAGAAUGGGUGGGGCAUCUGGGAUCGGAUCGGAGGUCUACUGGCGUCGGCAUUGGCUUUUUGAUUUCGCGCUUUCGAUACCUAAGUGGUAGUUAGGGUCGCUGAGGCUGGGGGGUGGUUUACGACACUUCUGUAAGAUCCCUUAAUUAAUGAAGAAGAAGGAGGAGGAGGAGGAGAAUGACUGUGGAUGUUUCAAAGUGUGUUUACACUUGCUUAAAUUAGGAAUCAAACAAGAUCUUGAGUUAUAUCUUGUCCUAAUUAAUAGGAAUAUAACCAGGCAGUUCUACGUACCUUUUAGGCUAUUUUGCUUGAGGCUAAUUCAAGAGGCGCGAGGAUCGAAGGU